AUGUCCAUCCGAAUCACAAGGUUACAAUAUCGUAACCUUUCCGAAACGCCACAAAUAGGCAUUCUGGCUGGGUCAGCUGCGUACAACAAAUCCUACAAUAAUACUGACGACAUUUUGAAACAUCUCUGCGUAGUUUACCUCUUCACAUUCCUGAAACCACCAUCGAAAUGGACGCCCGAAACAUUUACUGAAGUAGCGGAGCUGGAGUCCACCAUCGCCGCAACAAACCUGAAAACGGCCCUUCCCAUUCGAAGGGAGGAUAAACUGUACCACAUCCAUCUCUCUAGCAGUCCGCUGGUCAAAGGCCGUUUCAUACCCACAGCCCGGCAAAGUUCUAAAAAGGCUCGCCUAGGUGUCCAUCAGGCGUUGGCUCGAAUUAAGCGUGGAAAGGCUGCAGUUUGGACCUGCGAUACGAACUACUUUCUGAUCCGGCGAGUACAGGAAGGUUUUUACUUCUACACCAUGAACCUGCAGGGAAGACCAACACUGAUGUUCUUUAGCUGCCACCGGCUGAUGGUGGACUUCGUUCAGGAGACGUUCGGUUGCACGGAACAAUCGAAGUAUUUCCUCACGAAUAUGAGACUUCACUCGGUUGAGGAGAACGAUGUUGUCCGUAUCGUUUGGAAGAUGAAACGUUGCGUCGGUAUGCGGCUGAUAGACCCCCACGAAGCUAUUCUGCACGGAAACAUCUGCCUGAUUGGACCGAAUUUAGAACGCUCGUUGGAGAUUGGACUCAACGUUCUCGAACGUGUAGGACCAACGCAACCUAAGCCACGUUCCUGGGACAAUAAAACACUGAAUGGGUUCUACAAGAGAUCGGCUAGCACCUGGACUGCUGCCGAGAAAAUGGCGACGUUUCUGCGUGAUCGAAACGAGCCGUCAUUAUCGAUUGGCCCAUACAGUAUAGCGUGUAGAACAACUGCUAUAGGUCACCGUCAACGGAAACACUUUGAGGAGCUCGUCAACUACUUUCUCGCAUCCUGUACGGCAUUAUUCGUCGUUGGUCUCGACUGUUGUCUGCUGCUGUGGACAUACGAUAACUUUUUCCACUGGUUCAGCCCGUUUCGGUACAGUUCCCUUCAAGAGGCGGCCGACGUGGUACCCAAUCGAGCCAGCUUCCUCAUCAUGACCAACGCACUGUCCAAGGCUUCACAAACGUUGUACGAAUAUUUGUUCGAGCUGGGCAUUUUCCCGGAGCAUAGCAUCGAGCUAGUUCCGCUGUGCGUGGACGCAAGGCGAAUUUCCGACAUGCGCACCGGCAGUGAGGAUGAAGAUUCACUCGAUCAGGAAGGCUUCACCAUUUCUCCAGCGAACGAGCAGGGCUGGACUAGUUUCUACGCACCGACUUCAACCUCUCCAUCGGUGUUGCGGUUAGCUCGUCAAAUGUUGGACAUGGUCUACCGAACGGCAGAGGAUCGAUGUGACUAA